AAGCACCUUCUUGAAUCAAAGCAGUUGUGCAGACAAAACGAGGUCUGACCCCAGAAUGAGCGAGGUGUGCCUAAUGAAGUGUCUGUCGAGUGCACAAUACCAUAAAGUGUCUUUAAAAAGUAAAAAAGCUCAAAUUAAGUAUAGUAAAUAUACAGUGAAACACUAAUGCAGUGUCACAUCUUUGUAUUAAAUAAUUAAAUAUAUGUUUAAUCUAUUAUGGGAAUAUUUAGUAUCAUAUAUACAGUAUGCAUAUUUUAAAAAUAUAUAUUAAUUCUAUUUGUAUUUAUUUUUAUUCCAUACAAUAUUUUAUUAACUAUACACUGGCCUUUGUAUUACAGCAAAACGUUAUUGACUGUGUGACUACAAUAGAGUAGCAAUCCCCACUGGUUUAAAAGCGAGCUCUUAUAAAACUUUAUUUGCGAGCGACUGUAUAAACAUCACUGAACUGGGCUCCAAUAUAAAUACAGAUUGUGUAAUAGGAAGUCUGUGUAAGCCUGCUCUGGCAUCUCUGUAAACUUCAGCCCUUCCCAUUACCUUUAAAGGAGUGUGUACCCUGAACUAAAUAUGGACAUGCACUUUCACAGGAUUUCGAAGAAUGUCCCAGCCUCACAGUCCACUUUGAUGAUGCGAACCUCUCACAGUUCGUCACUUGUAACCCUCGCUGCAAGACUCUGAGACCAGCCUCUUUGCACCAGGAUUGAUGCCUCUGGUGGCUUUUUGACCAGGACAAACCCCAAAAACAAAGGCAAGGACAAGAUGUCCAGACGAAAGAUGAAAGGCCUGACCCGUAUAGGUCGCCAGGUCAGCGAGGACCCAGACCUGGACAACCUGCUGUCCACCCUCUCCCCCGAGGAAAUAGAGGAGCUGAAGAUGGACAUGAUGAAGGUGCCAGACAUUAACCCCGAGGAGGGGCUCAUCAUUCCAGGGGAGAACCAACCUGCGCAGCCACCUAUGAGCAACAAUGUCCGGGAUGCAACGACGAAACAGAGAGACACCAAAGGGAGGCUCAGCCAGAGGGAACCAUCAUUUGAGGGAGAGCCGAAGAAAGAGAGCCGGAAGCAGGAGUACCUGAGGAAGAUGGGUCUCAGCCAGGAGGGAAAUGACGAUAUGAAAGUGGGAAUGCAAAGACAAGCUAGUGUCUCAAAUGAAAGAGAUAUCAAGGCGGAGGACAGAAACAGCAAAGGUCCUGAAAGUUCAAAAGAAGACGGGAGCUGGUGUUCAAGUCGAAACAGGAAGCUGGAUAGCAGAGAGAGCGACACGAAAGAGGAGGCCCGUGACAAAGAGAAAUAUGAGGACAACAGGCUGAGAGACAGAAGAGAAAACAGAGUGAGCACAGGCAGCAAAACACAGGACAUGAUCUCAAAGUUACAGGAGAAAAGGGAUGAGAGCAAAGAGAAAGAAAGGAGGGAAGACUGCAGGAGACGAGAUGACAGCAAAACCAAAGACAUUAUCUCAAAGCUACGAGAAAAAAGCGAGAAAGAUGUGGGCAAGGAAAAGGAAAGAAAAACGGAGAGUAUCAAGACACAGGGGCUUGUCUCUAAAAUGGUGAAGCAGAGCAAGGCAUCGGAGAGCCAGCUUCAAGAGUGUAAACCAGAAGAGAAGAAGGCUAAAGCAGAGGAGAAGAAAUCUGAAUACAAAAACAAACCUGAUGUCAAACUCGAACGACAACCUUCUGAGAAAGACGAGGUGAAACGUGACAAGAUGGAGCAAAGAACAGACAGAGAAGAGUUGGUUAACCACAGUGACCAUGUGAAAGAGAAGUUUAAUGCUGAGCGGAAACCAGAGGAGAAGGUGCAAAGAGAGGACGGUAAGGUUAAGAAAGCUGCGGAUAGCGGGAAACUUGCUAACUGUGCUUCCAAAAACAGCCCUAACAGCAAGGUGAAGGAGGCAGAGGAGGAAGACGAAGACUCGAGCAUGUUCGAUGAGCUCAUGCAGCAGGUGCGAAGCAACGACCCCUCCCUCACUGAGCUCAACGUCAACAACUCAGAGGUCAUCAAGACGAAAACGCUCAUCGAGUUUGCAGAAGCUUUGCACAACAACACCCACGUCAAGACGUUCGCGCUCGCUAACUGCCGUGCGGACGACCAUGUCGCUUAUGCCAUUGCCGGCACGAUCCGCAGCAACAACACCAUCACCAGCAUUAACCUCGACUCCAACCAUCUCACCGGGAAGGGCAUCCUGUCUCUCAUCCAGGCGCUGCAGCACAACUCCACGCUGACCGAGCUGCGCUUUCAGAACCAGCGGCACAUCUGCGGAGGGAAGACCGAGAUGGAGAUGGUCAAGAUCCUGAAAGACAACACCACCUUGCUCAAGCUGGGCUACCACUUUGAGUUAGCAGGACCGAGAAUGACCACGACGAACAUACUGAGUCGCAACAUGGACAGGCAGAGGCAGAAGCGCCUGCAGGAGCAGAAGCAGGCCCAGGCCAAUGGAGAGAAGAAGGGAACACUUGAGGUGCCCAAGAGCGGAGGUGGAGGAUCUCUGAGGAGUUCUCCCAAAGCUUCGCCUAAACCUUCACCCAUCCCUUCACCCGUGCCUUCGCCAAAGCUCACUCCAAGAAAAGGAGCUGGAGGUCCGGCUCCACCACCACCUCCGCCUCCUCCUGGGGGUGGACCCCCACCUCCUCCACCUCCUAUGCUGGAUGCAAACCGCCCAGGUGGUACGAAGAACUCAAGGGACCAACUGCUUGCCUCUAUCAGAGGAACCAAUAUGAAACAGCUGAAGAAGGUGCCGGUGCCAAAGUGGCUGCAGUGAUAUUUCCUGCUGGAAUAUAAAGUGAAGAAGAAGAAGAAGAGCGAGGGAGAACAGACAUCUCACCAGAGGGUUUCUAGGGGAUAACCUUUAUAAAUUCCCCUGGCCGGUUAAAGUGCAGUGGGGCAGAUGAAGACAGUGAAACAUGAGACGUUUGGAAGAACAGCCAUCACUAUGAGUUCUCCCAACAACACUGGACCAAAAAGACUCUGUGGAGAAUGAGUGAUGAAGGCCUCUCUGCAGAGAGUGCCAUGGGUUUGAGGCUGUUUGUCUUCCAUUCAUACUGACGCUUGGCUGGUUAUUUGCACUACAUAAUAUGAGGCCGAUCAUAUAACAUGUUGGCUUGUACAUGCAUCUGAAUGUGAGUGUGUGGGAGAGUGUGUGAUGAGCUUAAUAAGAGAUUCAAACAACUCUAUAAAACUCUAAUAUUCAACAGUAUGUAAUUGAGAUUAAUUUGAAAAGUUAUUUAUUUGUGGAGAGGGAAUCCACCCUAUCAGCUGUAAAUCUGUAAAUCAAACUGGGAAUAUCAGGGAAUUAACAAACAUGGCGGCCUGACUUAAGAAAAUCCGGGUGGGUGGAGAAAACAAAAAGGUCAAGGUGGUCUUUGAUUGUGUGUCUCAAAUCUCAAGACAUCUCAGGCAGGUUUCGAAAGCAGCCCAUUGUCCCAGGAGUCCUGGGACAUAACGAAUGAGUCUUAGCAUGGAAAUAAUUACAUCAUGCAUUUUAUCAGGACGUGCAGGAAGAUAAGUUUCAGCAUCUGAUGUUGAGUUUUGUGCAGAAUCAUUCUAGCCUGGGUUUUACAUCAAAAUGUCAGAAACACCAUUAAAUCAACACUACUGUUGGUUAAUGUGCUAUUUAAGAGUGAAUAUCAGUUCUAAAGGAAAUGUAAUGUGAUUAGCAAAAACCUGAGUGUUGUAAUGAAGCACAUACAUUAUUACAUGUUUUUCUUACAGAGCCUGUAUGUUUUCAAUAAAAGAUUCUGCUAUGUUUGCAAGUUUAAUGUUACCCGUCUGAUAGAAGUGAUUGGAAUCUGUUAUUAUAUUAUAAUUUUUAGCUACAAUAAAUGAAAUUAUGUAUAUGA